AAAGCGGUGGGUUUCUUGGCGCUGUUUUGUUAGCGGUGGCUCCAAUAGAGAAUCUAGGGCUUCCUUCCCUCUUCCGGAGCCAAAUCUAGCGUUUCCCUUGGAGGAGAAGAGACCCGAUCUUGGGGCGUUCUCUCUCCGGCUCGGUUCGCUUCGUUUUGUUGUCCUUUGUGGCGGUUAGAUGAAGUUAGCGGGGCUGAAAUCCGUGGAGAACGCCCAUGACGAAUCGAUAUGGGCAGCGGCGUGGGUUCCGGCGACGGAGGCCAGACCAGCGCUCCUCCUGACGGGGUCCCUAGAUGAAACCGUGCGGCUGUGGCGACCCGACGAACUCACCCCUGUGGCGCCACCCUCCAAGGGUCACGCCCUUGGGGUGGUCUCCGUCGCAGCCCACCCUUCCGGCGCGGUGGCGGCCUCCUCCUCCCUCGAUAGCUUUAUACGUGUUUUUGACAUCGACUCUAAUGCAUCCAUUGCCACCCUCGAGGCGCCUCCAUCUGAAGUUUGGAGCAUGCAGUUUGAUCCAAAGGGCACCAUUCUGGCAGUUGCUGGUGGUGGCAGUGCUUCAGUUAAGCUGUGGGACACCUCCUCGUGGCAACUUGUUUGCAGCCUUCCGGUUCCACGCCCAGAAGGUGCCCGACCUGAUAAGACUGGCAGCGGCAAAUUUGUUCUUUCUGUUGCAUGGAGUCCAGAUGGUAAAAAGUUAGCUUGCGGAUCUAUGGAUGGGACAAUUGCUGUGUUUGAUGUUGCACGUUCUAAGUUCCUCCACCACCUUGAUGGUCAUUACAUGCCUGUGAGGUCGAUGGUCUUCUCCCCUGUGGAUCCUCGUGUCCUAUUUACUGCUUGUGAUGAUACUCAUGUACACAUGUAUGAUGCGGAGGGAAAGAGCCUGGUUGGUGCAAUGUCGGGACACACAAGCUGGGUGCUGAGUGUGGAUGCCAGUCUGGAUGGUGCAGCGAUAGCAACAGGAUCCAGUGAUCGAACAGUUAAACUUUGGGAUCUCAGCAUGAGGACUGCAGUGCAGACUAUGACAAACCACUCUGACCAGGUGUGGAGUGUAGCAUUUCGACCUCCUGGAGGAACAGGAUUACGUGUAGGGCGGCUAGCGAGUGUAUCUGAUGACAAGAGCAUAUCAUUGUAUGAUUACUCAUAAUCUAGCAAAUGUCAAACAAUAAUGAGCGUAUUAAUUAGAGACGAACUGUUAGGUGUUGUUUCCUGUUGUAGUUGAUUUGCCUAUUAAUUUUUUUUCUUGGAAAUUUGACACCAUAACAUGGUAAGUGAGAGUACCUCAGUUUGUACCA